CUCUUUGCAGGUGAGGUAGACUGUGUCUUAUGGCCACUAAAAAUAAGACAGAAGUGACUGAAUUUGUGUUGUUGGGCUUGUCCAGCAGGCCAGAGAUGCAGCCAGUUAUUUUUGGAAUUGUCUUUAUCAUGUACCUGAUGGCGGUCAUGGGCAAUGCCCUACUAGUAAUUGUUGCUUGCUUGGACCCCAGGCUUCAGACCCCCAUGUAUUUCCUUCUCCGACAACUUUCUUUGAUUGACAUAUUUCUGACAACCAUCACUGUUCCUCAGAUGCUGGUACACACACUGUCUGUGAAUCAAACCAUUUCCUAUAACCGAUGCAUGAUACAGCUGUUCUUCUUCAUGGCUGUAGGGAGCAUGGAAGGCCACUUGCUGGCCGCCAUGGCAUAUGACCGCUAUGUCGCCAUCUGUGAGCCUUUAAGAUACUCUGCCAUUGUCAGCCAUAUCCUCUGUCUGCGCAUAACCUUGACCUCAUGGGUGAUUGUCAGCCUUAACAGCCUCCUGUACAGUGUGUUGGUCACCCGUUUAACCUUCUGUGGUAACCAGGUGACCCACUUCUUCUGUGACAUCACUCCUCUGUUGAAGCUCUCCUGCACUAGACCAGUGGUCAAUGAAAUGCUAAUCUUCACUGAAGGUGUGGCUGUGGUGGUCAGCCCAUUCUUCUUCAUUUUAGGUUCCUAUGCACGGAUAGGUAUUGCCAUAGCUCACAUACACUCUGUUGCUGCCCUGAACAAAGCUCUGUCAACCUGCAGUUCCCACAUCCUGGUUGUGCUGCUCCUUUAUGGCUCUGUGAUUCGAAUGUAUCUCAAGCCAUCCUAUAGCUACGACUUAGACCAGGAUCGCCAGGUUGCCAUCUUCUACACAGUUGUCACUCCUAUGCUAAAUCCACUAAUCUAUAGCUUCAGGAAUCAAGAAGUUAAAGGAGCUCUGAGAAGGCUGUUUAGGAAAUCCUGCAUCUCAGGCAACUUCCAGCCUGGCUUCCAGGCAAACAAAGAAUGGCAGCACAUCUCCUGAGAACUAUGAAUUAACC